AAUCAUUUCCUCAUUAUGGCUGCGCUACGGUACACGUUGUUGCUCUUGUGCCUGGCUUGCCCCUUUCUCGAGGCGGUUCUUGACGAGAAACGCUUCCAGGGAAUGCUAACUCUAGAGCGGGAACUGAUUCAGAAUCUGCGAGACUAUGCCCUGGAGCUGACGGGGAAGAUCAGCCUCAUCAAUGGCGCUCUGAGGGAGUACAACGAAGAGAUCGAAGAGGCUAACGAGGAUCCGGAGCUGUAUCUGUCGAAUCCGCUGAAUGCCUUCCGGCUGAUACGGCACAUGCACCAGGAUUGGGUCAGCUGGCAAGUAUACAUGGAGGAGCAAGUAGGGCCUGACCAGGUGGCGAAGCUGGAACGCAUCCUGCCGCAGCUGCCCCAGCGGCAGGACUUCCAGGCGGCGGCCCAAACAGUGCAGAGCCUGGCCGAGUUUUACGCAUACGAACCUUCCUUCCUGGUGGCCCAAAAGGAGUUCUACAGCAACCUUUAUCUUUCCCCUUUGGACUGCUACCACAUGGGUUUGGAGAUAUACAAGAAGGAGAACUACCAUGAGGCCAUCAAAUGGUUCACCGUAGCAGCCGAGAACUACACCGCGUCGCCGUACAGCGAUCUCUACAGCGUGCUGGGUACGUCUCGCUCUGAGGCGUAUCGAAUGCAGGCCAGGACCUACGACAAACUCAACCGAGAGGAGGUGUUCCUGGCCUACCAGAAUGCCGUAAUACUUGAUGAAUACAACGUGCACCUGCUGCAGGAGUCCGGUGUCCAAGAGCUGCGCAGCCUGCGCGAGCCCGAGCCCAUGAAACCCAUCGUGGCGCCCGUGACUACACCCAGUCCCCUGCAGCGCCAGUGUCAGGAAAGCUUCGACGCGCACUUCGCCGUUUGUGCGUACAAUUCGAUAUUGUCGCCCUUCCUGUGGCUGGCCCCGCUACGCUACGAGGAGGUGCUCUCCUCUCCCUACAUUGUAAUCUACAGGGAUGCCUUCUACGAGACAGAGGUCGCACAUAUCCGAGACGCCCUCAAGCGGUGUCCACUGGAAGCUAUGAUCCAUAUGGAUGGCGGUAUAGAAGGCUGUUCUGUCCCGGAUGAAUACAGUCCGGUGAUGAAGCGCCUGGAGCAGCGGGUGCAGGACAUGACGGGUUACUUCAAGCCCGCAGAUAACUUCCAUGUGCUAGAGUACGCCCAGCAAGAGCCCUUCCGUCUGUUCCAGCUGUUCAAGGACUCCUCCAAAUUUUCCGACCUGGACUUUAACGAAAUCGAGGGAACUGCUAUCUUCUUUCUGAAUGAUGUAGAGGUUGGCGGAGCUAUCACUAUACCACACUAUCCAAUGUCAGUGCAUCCGCGGCAGGGCGACGUUUUGAUCACAUUCCACGAAGGCGACUUUGAGCACACCGUCUGCCCCAAUGUGGUGGGCAGUGGAUUGGUCUUGUUAAAGUUUCUGUACGUGGACCCGGAAGACUGAGCGAAGCGGUCCUCCCAUUCUUCCCCAUUCGAUGCGGUGUGGAGCCGAGCAAUAAUCAAUCGCAGCACUUUACGCCCAUCAAUAAAGCUGUACUUUGCACAAGA